CCCCCCCCCCCGCCGGUUCCACAACGUUUCUCUCACACCGGACGAUCAAGCUACAAACCCGAAUCCAAACCCUAGACCGGGAAAUGAUUCUGUUCCAUUUCAGAAUCCUCCUCUGAAUCCUAGCCCUGCAAUGCCCUCCUACACAAUGCCUUCUUCGCUCCCUCACCGGACUAUGCCCUUCUCAUCCGCCGAAGAAGCCGCCGCCGAGCGCCGCCGCCGCAAACGUCGCCUUCGGAUCGAGCCUCCUCUUCACGCGCUCCGGCGGGAUCCCUCCUCUCCGCGGCCGCCGCGUGAUCCCAACGCGCCACGGCUUCCGGACACCACGUCCGCGCUCGUCGGACCUAAGCUUAGUCUGCACAACAAAGUACAGUCGCUGAUCCGUGCUUCGGACCUAGAGGCAGCGUCGCGGCUCGCGCGUCAGUCGGUGUUCUCCAGGACCCGUCCCACGGUCUUCACCUGCAACGCCAUCAUCGCCGCCAUGUACCGCGCCAAGCGCUACAGCGACGCCAUCGCUCUGUUCCACUAUUUCUUCAAGCAGUCUGACAUAGUCCCCAACGUCGUCUCCUACAAUCAGAUCAUCAAUGCUCAUUGUGAUGAAGGUCGAGUCGACGAGGCUUUCGAAUUGUACCGCCACAUAUUGGCGAAUGCCCCUUUUGGUCCAUCUCCUGUUACUUACAGGCACUUGACGAAAGGUUUGAUUGACACCGGAAGAAUCGAUGAGGCUGUAGAUUUGGUGAGGGAGAUGUUGAACAAAGGACAAGCUGCGGAUUCGUUGGUAUACAAUAAUCUGAUUCGUGGGUUCUUGGAUAUGGGCAAUUUGGAAAAAGCGAAUGAAUUGUUCGACGAAUUGAAGAGUAAAUGUUUGGUGUACGAUGGUGUUGUGAAUGCUACGUUCAUGGAGUACUGGUUCAAGCAAGGUAAGGAUAAGGAAGCCAUGGAGUCUUACAAGUCCUUGUUAGAUAAGAAAUUCAGACUGCAUCCCACUACUUGCAAUGUGCUUUUGGAGGUUUUACUUAAGUACGGUAAGAAGUUCGAGGCUGGGGCAUUGUUCGAUGAGAUGUUGGAUAAUCACUGUCCUCCGAAUAUUCUGGCCUUGAACUCAGAGACGUUUAAUAUAAUGGUUAACGAGUGUUUCAGGCUUGGGCAGUUUAAGGAGGCUAUUGAUACCUUCAGGAAGGUCGGGACAAAGACAGGUUCAGGGGUAAGGGGAGGUUCAAAGCCUUUUAAUAUGGAUGUUGCAGGUUUUUCUAACAUUAUCUCGAGAUUCUGCGAACACGGGAUGUUAACAGAGGCAGAGAUGUUCUUCGCGGAAUUGUGUUCCAAAACCUUGUCCCCUGAUGUUCCGAUCUAUAGAGCAAUGAUUGAUGCUUAUCUCAAGGCAGAGAGACUCGAUGAUGCUGUCCAAAUGCUGAAAAAGAUGGUGGAUUCAAAUUUAAGGGUGGUUGCUAGUUUCGGUACAAGGUGUUUCAGUGAGUUGAUUAAGAAUGGCAAGGCCGUGGAAUCGGUGCAGAUUUUGACUAAAAUGGGUGAGCAAGAUCCGAAACCAGACCCUUCCGUUUAUGAUUGCGUGGUGAGGGGUCUACGUGAAGUUGGUGCUCAUGAACUGGCCCAGGGCAUAGUUGAACAGAUGAGAGGAUACGGUAUUGGUGUUCCAAUUCGAAAUCCAAUUCUAUAGAUUUUGUUGUACGAUGGUGUUGAGAAUGCUACAUCUUUGUUAGACAAUUAUCCGAAAUCCAAUUCUCUUUCUUUUGUCC